GGAUUGGAAGUGGUCUUUGACUCUUGUCACCCGGCCAGGUGACGCGUCUGGAGCACACCUGGGCGACAUUACGCCAGCGGCACACAGAGGGCGCCAUUCUCUACCAGAAAACUCUGCGGCCCUUCAUGAUGAGGCUGAAUGAAGGCAAAGAAAGCUGUCCUCUGUCCAGCACCAGCUUCCCGCACGUCCUGCCCCUCCUUUACCUGCUGGAGAGAGGCGUGGCGCUGGGCGAGGGGGCGGAGCCUUGGGAGACGGCGGAGGACGGCGUGGACGUGGUCAUGUUGCAUCUCGAGGCGGCCAGGACCGUGGCACAACUAGGCGACGUCUACAGGUCCAACGCUGAGAGCAAACUGCAAGGUUUCCAGGAGCAGGACGACAUCUUGGAAGUGUUCCAGACCGACUUCCAGAUGAGGCUACUGUGGGGGAGCAGGGGCGCCGUGGAGAGCCAGGCGCCGCGCUACGCCAAAUUCCAGCAGGUGCUGACGGCUUUGUCCAACAGGCUGGAGCCACCCGCGCCCCAGGCCACAAAAACCUGGCUUGGGACUCCCGCCAAGACAUCAAUACGCCGUUUUUUAGACGGUCCCCACAAGGUCUGUUCCCAUGACUCGAGUGUGUGAAGUGUCAAACAUGCAAUAUGCCGUUUUUUAGACGGUCCCCACAAGGUCUGUUCCCAUGACUCGAGUGUGUGAAGUGUCAAACAUGCAAUGUGCCGUUUUUUAGACGGUCCCCACAAGGUCUGUUCCCGUGACUCGAGUGUGUGAAGUGUCAAACAUACAAUAUGCCGUUUUUUAGACGGUCCCCACAAGGUCUGUUCCCAUGACUCGAGUGUGUGAAGUGUCAAACAUGCAAUAUGCCUUUUUUUAGACGGUCCCCACAAGGUCUGUUCCCAUGACUCGAGUGUGUGAAGUGUCAAACAUGCAAUAUGCCGUUUUUUAGACGGUCCCCACAAGGUCCGAUCUCAUGACUAGAGUGUGUAAAGUGUCAAACAUGCAAUAUGCCUUUUUUUAGACGGUCCCCACAAGGUCCGAUCUCAUGACUAGAGUGUGUAAAGUGUCAAACAUGCAAUAUGCCUUUUUUUAGACGGUCCCCACAAGGUCUGUUCCCAUGACUCGAGUGUGUGAAGUGUCAAACAUGCAAUAUGCCUUUUUUUAGACGGUCCCCACAAGGUCCGAUCUCAUGACUAGAGUGUGUAAAGUGUCAAACAUGCAAUAUGCCUUUUUUUAGACGGUCCCCACAAGGUCCGAUCUCAUGACUAGAGUGUGUAAAGUGUCAAACAUGCAAUAUGCCUUUUUUUAGACGGUCCCCACAAGGUCCGAUCUCAUGACUCGAGUGUGUAAAGUGUCAAACAUGCAAUAUGCUGUUUUUUAGACGGUCCCCACAAGGUCUGUUCCCAUGACUCGAGUGUGUGAAGUGUCAAACAUGCAAUAUGCCGUUUUUUAGACGGUCCCCACAAGGUCUGUUCCCAUGACUCGAGUGUGUGAAGUGUCAAACAUGCAAUAUGCCGUUUUUUAGACGGUCCCCACAAGCUCCGUUCCCCCAGAAGGUGUGUGAAGUGUCCAACAUGGGUACUCACAAGAAACUGUUUGUUCUCUGGGAUCCCGAGUGAGGGUGUGGUCCUCGGCUGUCACGUGACGUCCGGAGAACGUUGCAGACCGCACGUUCUAGCGCAGAACUUUGUCGAGCAUGUUUGUUGACGUUGUGAAGGCUGGACCUCCACGACACGCCAACAGUAUCGCAUUAUUCCCGAAACGUAAUCCUACAUUCCUUUAGCAUGUGACUAUUGGAACAGUAAGCAUACUUGCAAGAAAGAGAUAUGUCUAAAAACUCAUGAAUUUAAGGUUUAUAUAAAUACAUUAGCAAAAAUGUUUGCAUAAAACAUUAGCAUGCUAACAUUAGUGUGUUAUUUCAGGAACAGUUAACAUACUUGCAAGAAGGAGUCGCCAUAGAAAUUUUGAUGGGCCUGCUAUCUGUGCGUUGAACCUCUGGCCCCGAGGUUGAUUGACACUCAAAAGCUAUCAUAAAACGUUAGCGUGUUACAGUAGGUACGGUUAGCACACUUGCAAGAAGAAGAUAUGUCCCAAAACCCAUUAGUUUUAGGUUAACACAUAUAUAAUUAGCAACAUGUUAGCAUCAAAUGUGAGCACGCUAACAGUUAGGAACAGUUAGCAUAUUUGCAAGAAAGAGAUAUGUCUCAAAACCCAUGAAUUUUAGGUUUAUACAAAUAAAUUAGCAAUUUUUUUAGCAUAAAACAUUAGCAUGUUAAUGUUAGCGUGUUAUAAUAGGUACAGUUAGCAUACUUGCAAGAAGGAGUCUGUAGAAAUGUUGAUGGGCCUGCUAUCUGUGCUGUCAGUCUCUGGCCCCCAGUUUGAUUGAUGCUAAACAGCUAGCAUACAACGUUAGCGUGUUAUAAUAUGUACGGGUAGCAUACUUGCAAGAUUUAUCUCAAAACCCAUGAAUUUUAGGUUUAAACAAAUAAAUUAGCAAAAAUGUUUGCAUAAAACAUUAGCAUGCUAAGGUUAGCGUGUUAUAAUCCAAACAGUUAGCAUACUUGCAAGGAGUCUCUGUAGAAAUGUAAACAAAAGGUUUAUGUUUGAAUCCCAAAGUGAAAGUGAACACUGGUCUUAUUUUUUUUUUUCUCAAUUAUUUAACAAACAAAACAAGUUUAAUAACAUUUUAUUAAGGGAAUAAAAGUGUCUUUUUUUAGACAUUUGUGUCAUUUUAACAUCAUUAUGUGAUUUUCACGGACUGAUGACUUGUCAAAGGAAUAAAAACACAUUAACACAAA